UACUUCUGUCACAGAUCUUCCAGUUACUUGCGCAACCUUAAGGAACUACAGUCUAGCACAGGAUGUGGUUGAGCUCGAGAAUUUCAUGUAUAGGGAGUGACUCACGAGCUCGCGCGCGCGGGCGAGCUGUGUCGUACCCAGUAAGUUGCCAAAGUGGUACCGUAAAGCUUGAAAUUCAGAAGGUAUCAGUUUUACAAGGCUCGCGGAAGCUUCAGCAACCCUCUGAAAGUUUUUGAAAUAUUUUAAAAGGUCAAAGCUCUUUCAGGUACUUUUAGAAUCUUUGGUAUUUUAAAUACCAGUGUUUUACCGUUUAUUUUGGCUACCUAUAGUUUUAGGUACUUUAAUAUUAUAAAGACUAAUACUAGCCUAUUUAUUCCGUUGUCGGAUUUCUUUUGAGGAUAGAUUCUAUUGUGAAAUACCUCAUACAGCCCCCCUGCAAGUGUGCGUGUCAGCGUGAGUUACUAUUAGUUGGCUGUAGAAGAGGAAUAAAUCGAAGUAUUGACUUUUUAUCAAAUAAAACGAAGAUUGUUUCUAGAGAGAAAACAAAGUAGAACAUUGCGUUGAAGAUCGUUACAAUAAAUAAAUUUUUAAGUCAAUUUUACAAGACUAUUUCUUGACUUCGUUUUGUUCUGUUAACUAUGCAGUCUCACCAACACCAGCCACAGUUCCUCCUUCCACUGGUCAACGUUCCAACAUCAUACCAUCCCAUUUCCAUGAUCAAGCAGGAAGAAGAAUCCGAGUGGAUGACCUCUGGUCAAAGUCAGUCUACUUGUAACAGCUUCAUAUCGGAAGAUUCACUGACUAUGUCUCCUUUAUCUGUAGUAACAAGUUUUUCAUCCCCUAAGCCUCGUGGCACAGGGGGUAGGAAACCUACAAACGAAGAAGUGUCGCCAGAAGAAGAAGAACGUAGGAAAAUUCGUCGUGAAAGGAAUAAGUUAGCUGCUGCCAGGUGCCGAAAACGACGGUUAGAUCAUACAAACAACCUAAUGAAGGAGACUGAGUUUCUAGAAACUAAGCGUCUGGCUUUACAAAAUGAACUUCAAAUACUCAAGUCUCAGAAGGAGGAACUUGAUUUUCUACUGACAGCCCAUAAAGCCACAUGCAAGCUGGUCACCACACACAGAGCUAUUGAGAAUGGAAAAGGGUCAUCAGAUAGUCUAGUGUUAAGGAAUGGGCCUAACCAUUCAUACUGUGAUGGAAUCUCUAUCAGAUCAAAGCCAGUUUCUAGGCCAACAUCUCUUCCAAUCUCAUCUACAUAUCUGUGCUCUUCAGAUCUUUCAACCAUGGGAAUGUUCAACAUGGAUUCUCUAAUGGAAGGUGGAACCGGACUGACACCUGUAUCCUCUGGAGCUACAGCUGUGAUUUCAUGUUCAGGACAACAGAGGAACUCAGGUAGUGAAUUGUCCAGUCCAGACAGCAAGAACCCUCCAAAACUGGUGUCUCUGUGACACAGUACCUUGAAUUGUCCAGUCCAGACAGCAAGAACCCUCCAAAACUGGUGUCUCUUUGACACAGUACCUACAGUUAUUCAUUCUAGUGAGAAGAAUUGACCUUUCAAAUGCAUAUUUCUUUGUCUUAUUUCUCAAAAACUUUGAAGCAGUUUAGGAGAAAAUGGCCUCAGUGAUUGUUUUCCUUAACUUUUCUCCAUAACAAAUUCUGCAACAAAUCUUUCUUAAACGUUGCUUAUCCAAACUUAGGACCUUGAAUAUGUUACAAACAGUUCUGAAUAUUUGUUACAAGUUGUUUACAGCCAUAAAGUUUCUUCUGUAACUGAAAUUUUAUUUUGCUUAUCUUCUCUAGAUGUAAUCUUUUGUAUCCUAAUUCCAUAUAUUCAAAUCUUCCAGAAGCUUCUGUAUUGUAGUGUAUUUUACUUACUACUAUCCUUAAUAACUGAGCAAUUUUUGAAUUUUUUAUUCAUACAAAAUUUUUCAUUUUUCUGUCUCCUCACAUUAAAAAUAAGCCUCUGUGAUAAACUCUUAACAUCCUGCUUGGGAAUACCCAAAUACACUUGUUUCUCAGUUAAUCCUUUACCAACAAGAUAUUUGAGGUGUAACAAUAUUUACUUUACAGUUGUAGUUUUAAUCAUAAAACAUAUGCAGAGAUCAAACCUGAUUCUUUGCUAUCAAGUGUCAGUUGAUUUGAUAAAAUAAUCUUAAUGUCAUAUUUGGCAUUCAAAACUUUAUAUGUUUUGUGAAAUAUAAAUUUACAACUCAUAUUUUUAGUGUAUUUGUAAGAGAUUAAAACAAAAGUGUUUAAAUUAACAUGAGAUAAUCUAUUUAUGUUUCUUCUUCACUGUAGAUGAAACUGACUGUCAUCUAGUUUUAACAUUUGACCUUAUGUAAUAAAUAUGUAUGCAGGAAAUAAACCAUACAUUUUCAAAAUUCUGGAUAAUGAUGAAAAGACAGAGGUAUGAUAAAGAGGCUAUAUAUAUAUAUAUAUAAUUCUAUUCUUUAAUCUACUGUUGACAGAUGUUAAUUAAGUAUAUUGCUUUCAUACAACAUCCGGACUAACAUUUUGGGUGUUUAAAACAAUUGUGGUAAAUUGUGAAAAACGUUUUCAAAUUUAUAUGCUAAAGAUAUUUUUCAUGUCAGAAGAGCAUGCAAGAUUUAUUUAUUUGUGAUGCUGAAAAUAUGGUAGUUAACUUCUUCUAAGCUUUAUUGUUUGGUGUCAUUAAAAUUAUAUUAUUUGCCAUCCAGAAAUCUAGUAGAACUAAGUCAAAUUUUUUUUUUUUGGUUGCCCAAAUUAUUUGGUGUUUUAUUCUCUACACAAUAAAUCCAUUUUUUAUGAUCACA